AUGACCACGCCGCCCGACACCACUGCCGCGCCAGCGCCAACCACCACCAAGGACAAUCCCUCGCACGCGCUCCUCUCGCGCGCCCACUCCCCCGACACCACCCUCCGCAUCUACACCGACCGCGUGCAAAGGAAACCGCUCCUCCUCCGCCCCACCUCGCCCGAUCCCACCAAUGCGCGCGGCCAGCGACAAGCCGCACGCCAGCGCCUCGCCGCGCAGCGCCGCCACAAGUCAUCCGCCAGCAAGCCCGCACCUUUGUCCGCGCGGCAGAAGCGCGCGCUGGGGCUGUACGAGAUACCAAAGGCGCAGCGGCGGUACGAGGUUUUCGAGGGGCUGCAUCGGAUGUGGGUAGGCUAUGUGCGGGAGGUGCUGGGGCUGAAGGAGAAUGGUGGCGACUACGUCACACCCGCCGCCGUGGGGCCGAAGCUGGCGAGUGCAGAUUUUCAUGGGGCUGAGGUGGAGGUGGUGAGGUGUCGGUGUGUGGGGAGGGUGGGGGUGAGGGGCAUUGUGGUUAAGGAUACGAAGUUUACGUUUGAGGUGAUAACGAGGGGGAAUGAGGUGAAGACGAUUCCGAAGGAGCACACGAUUUUCCGCUUCGAGAUCCCACUUGCGUCCCGGGACGAUGCCGCCGAGAAACCGAGGAAUCUGGUGUUUGAGCUGCAUGGCUCGCAGUUCGAGAACAGGGCGCCCGAUCGCGCGAACAAGAAGUUCAAGCAGCACGCCAUGGCCGAUCUCUGA